ACUCUUUCAUGUAACGCUAUGCGGUUUCUUGGUUGUAAUGAACACGAGUGCAAGUUGGUUUACUCAUCUUUCUGAGGACACUGUUACUGUUAUACUGAUUAAUUCGGAUGGUUUUUAUUUUAUUUAAUCGUUGAUAUUAUAGUUUUUAGGGACUAAAUUAUGGCGUUAUCUACAGCUCGGCCGUUAGUUUCUGUUUAUAAUGAAAAGAAUGAAGAAACUGGUGAAACUGUUGCCCUUGCUACAGUAUUCAAGGCACCUAUUAGACCUGAUGUUGUAACAUUUGUUCAUAACAAUAUUUCCAAAAAUAGCAGACAACCUUAUGCUGUUAGUAAAUUAGCUGGUCAUCAAACCAGUGCUGAAUCCUGGGGUACUGGACGUGCAGUCGCUCGUAUUCCUCGUGUUCGUGGUGGUGGUACUCAUCGCAGUGGUCAGGGAGCAUUUGGUAACAUGUGUCGUGGUGGACGUAUGUUUGCACCAACUCGUACAUGGCGUCGUUGGCAUCGCAAAAUAAAUGUAACUCAAAAGCGAUAUGCUACAGUAUCAGCCAUUGCUGCUUCUGGUGUACCAGCUCUUGUAAUGUCUAAAGGUCAUAUGGUUCAGGAAGUUCCUGAAUUUCCUUUAGUUGUUUCUGAUAAAAUCCAAGAAUACACAAAAACUAAACAAGCUACAAUUUUUUUGCACCGUAUCAAGGCAUGGAAGGAUGUCCAAAAGGUUAUUAAAUCUCGCCGUCUUCGUGCUGGCAAAGGAAAAAUGCGUAAUCGAAGACAUGUCCAACGUAAAGGGCCAUUGAUUGUAUACAACAAAGAUCAAGGAUUAAAGAAAGCCUUCCGUAAUAUUCCAGGUGUUGAUUUGAUUAACAUAAGGAAAUUGAAUUUGUUGCAAUUAGCUCCUGGUGGUCAUGUAGGUCGUUUCAUUAUUUGGACCCAAUCUGCUUUUCAAAAGUUAGAUCAAUUGUAUGGUACAUGGGACAAAAAAUCUACUAUGAAGAGUGGUUACAAUCUACCAUUCCCCAAGAUGUCUAAUACAGAUUUGACAAGAAUAUUCAAAUCUGAUGAACUUAAGAAAUACUUGCCACCUAAAAGAACUGGUACUCUUCGUCGUACACGUAAAUUAAAUCCAUUGAAACAUGUACGUACCAUGUUGAAACUGAAUCCUUACAUAGCUGUACAAAAACGUGUUGCAAGCAAAGAAAAUAAACUUAGACAGUUAGCUCGUGAAACAUACUUAGCUAAGAAAGAAGGUAAACCCACCACUGAAAAAGGUGAGAAGGUAUUAAAACGCUUCAUCAAUGAGAAAAAAAUGUUGCGUGCAGCAAAACUGAAGGCUAAGAAAGUUAUUGCAGUCAAAGGGUUGCGCGAUAUUCAUGAAAAAAAAUUGGAAGCAUACAGAAAAAGAUUGGCUGCACGAAAUGGUGCUCCACCUACAAAAAGGUCUAAAAAAGAUUUGCCCAAACCUAAACCAAAAACAGAAGUGUCUAAGGCUAAACCUAAGACAGAGAAGAAAGGAAAGGCUCCACCUGCUUCAGCUGUUAAGACAAAAUCUAAAUAAAUGGACUAAUAAACUGACCUUAUAUAAAAA